UGGACGCGUGAAAACAUCUCCGUCGAGCAGAGAGCGCAGCAGGAGCUGCAGCUCUACUACAUCCCGGAGAGGGAGGGGAUGUUCCACCGUGGCUUGGGGCUGAACCUGACCAGCGGGCAGUACAUGGUCCCCAUCGCAGGGUACUACACCUUCACCGCCACGCUGCACAUCGUGCGAAGAGAGCAGCAGAGGAAGGGGCAGCCGUGCAGGGGGAAUAGUCUGCGGGUGCUGAUCUGCGUGCAGUCCCGCUGCCAGCACAACAGCAAGUUGGAGACCAUGUCCCGGCUGGAGAGCGUUGAUGACCUUUUCACCGUCUCCGUCACCGGAGUCCUUUACCUGCAGGCUGGGCAGUACGCCUCUGUUUUUGUGGACAACGCUGCAGGCUCUCCCCUCACUGUUCUAAGCGGCUCCGAUUUCAGCGCCAUUCUGCUGGGGGUGUGA